CCGCGGGCGGCGACCAUUGACGCGGCGCGGGGCCCUCCAGGGCGACCCUGGGUCCGAGGCCGCCCCCCGCCCCGCCGCCGCCGCCGCCCCCGGCCGCGCGCAUGGAGCCCCCCGCCGCUCCGGAGCCCCCCGCGGCCGCGCCCCGCCGGCGCCCCCCCCUGCGGAGGCUGCCCCCCGACGUGCGGCGGGAGGGCGCGGCGCUGGCGGCGCUCGCGGGCCCGGUGGCCCUGGCGCAGCUGAUGCUCUACCUGGUCAACGUGGGCAGCUCCGUUUUCUGCGGACACCUCGGCAAGGCGGAGCUGGACGCCGUCUCGCUCGCAGUGUCGGUUGUGAACAUUACUGGGAUUUCGGUUGGGACUGGUUUGGCCUCAGCUUGUGACACUCUAAUGUCUCAGUCCUUUGGAGCCAAGAACCUGAAACGAGUGGGGGUCAUCCUUCAGAGGGGGAUCCUCAUUUUGCUGCUGUGCUGCUUCCCCUGCUGGGCCGUCUUCAUCAACACCGAGCGUGUCCUCCUGCUCUUAAAGCAGGACCCCGGCGUCGCCAGAUUAGCCCAAGUUUACGUGAUGAUUUUUAUCCCUGCCCUUCCCGCCUCGUUCCUGUUCCAGCUGCAGACGAGGUAUUUGCUGAGUCAGGGCAUCGUUGCGCCUCAAGUGGUGACCGGGAUCGUGGCGAACGUCAUCAACGUGGGCUUGAACGCCCUGCUGCUGUAUGCCCUGGACCUCGGGGUGGUGGGCUCGGCCUGGGCCAACACCACCUCCCAGUUCUGCCUGGCGGCUCUGCUCACCCUGUACGUGUGCUGGAGAAGGCUCCACGUCGCCACCUGGGGAGGCUGGAGCAGGGACUGCUUGCAGGAGUGUGCCUUCGUCCGCCUGGCCGUUCCCAGCAUGAUAAUGGUGUGUAUCAAGUGGUGGACCCUUGAGAUUGGAACCUUCCUUGCAGGUCUGGUGAGCGUGACGGAGCUGGGCGCCCAGGCUGUCGUCUACGAGCUGGCCUCGGUGGCCUACGUGGUGCCCCUUGGCUUUGCGGUGUCGGCCAGCGUCCGGGUGGGCAACGCCCUGGGGGCAGGGGACGCCGAGCAGGCGCGGAGGUCCUGCGUCACCGUCAUCGUGUGUGCAGGCGUUUCUGCACUCGUAGUGGGCGUCUUACUUGCAGCUUUGAAGGAUGUGAUUGGCUAUAUAUUUACCAGAGACAAAGAUAUCGUUUCCCUUGUGAGCCGCGUGAUGCCUCUGUUUGCACCCUUCCAUCUGUUUGAUGCCAUCGCAGGCACCUGCGGCGGAGUCCUGAGGGGAGCGGGCAAGCAGAAGGCCGGUGCCAUCUUGAAUGCCAUCGGCUAUUAUGUGAUUGGUUUCCCCAUUGGAGUCUCUCUGAUGUUCGCUGCUAAACUUGGGAUAGUAGGUCUCUGGUCUGGACUGACGGCUUGUGUCUUCUUUCAAGCACUCUUCUUUUUGGUGUUCGUCUUGAAGACAAACUGGAAUAGAGUUGCAGAGCAGGCACAGGUUCGAGCUGGGCUAAAAGGGAUUAAAGAGACCAUACCGACCUCAACAGAGCUCCCUGUCCUAGAAGGAGAAACAGCUGACGGAGUGGUUUUGCCUGAUGUCAUCAGACCGGAGAGCCAGAGCACCCAGCUGAUGGCCCCGGAGGAGGACGCCGCGUUCGCCGUGCCCGCCGUCGGGGACGUCCGGACGGUGGCCCGGCUGAUUUUCUACCGCGGGAUGGCCUUGGCCGCUGCCAUCGCUGUCCUCGUCACAGGAAUCCUAGUGAGAGUUUUUAAUGACCGGGGCUAA